CUAGCGCCGGUGCUGGCGGCCGCCCCAGGAGGAAAACCAGUUCUGUGUCCUCGGAGGACUAUAGUCCAGGAGUCGUUUGGGAGCCCCAGACGAAACCUAGCUCUGAGCUUCUAUGGUGCCCGGCUAUGCAGCACUCAGGCUGCCACGGACAGGGAGGAGCCUGUGCACUCAAUCAUAAGCAGCACUGAGGCCGUGCAGGGUUCUAUUUCUAAACAUGAGUUCCAGGCUGAGACAAAGAAGCUUUUGGACAUCGUUGCCCGUUCCUUAUACUCAGAAAAAGAGGUGUUUAUACGCGAGCUGAUCUCCAAUGCUAGCGAUGCUUUGGAAAAACUGCGUCAUAAGCUGGUGUCUGAUGGCCAAACACUGCCAGAAAUGGAGAUUCACUUGCAGACCAACUCUGAGAAAGGCACCAUCGUGAUCCAGGACACUGGCAUUGGGAUGACACAUGAAGAGCUUGUAUCCAACCUGGGGACAAUUGCCAGAUCAGGGUCAAAGGCCUUUUUGGAAGCACUGCAGAACCAGGCCGAGGCGAGCAGCAAGAUCAUCGGCCAGUUUGGAGUGGGUUUCUACUCAGCUUUCAUGGUAGCUGAUAGAGUGGAAGUCUAUUCCUGCUCAGCAGCUCCAGGGAGCCCAGGGUACCGGUGGUUUUCAGACGGCUCUGGAGUAUUUGAAAUUGCUGAAGCUUCAGGAGUUAGAACUGGAACAAAAAUAAUCAUCUACCUCAAACCUGACUGCAGAGAGUUUGCCAGCGAGGCCCGGGUUCGAGAUGUGGUAACGAAGUACAGUAACUUUGUCAGCUUUCCUCUGUACCUGAAUGGAAGACGGAUCAACACCUUACAGGCCCUCUGGACGCUGGAUCCCAAGGAUAUCAGUGAGUGGCAGCAUGAGGAAUUCUACCGCUACAUUGCCCAGGCUUAUGACAAGCCCCGCUAUACCCUGCACUAUAGGACAGAUGCACCACUCAACAUCCGGAGUAUCUUCUAUGUGCCAGACACGAAACCAUCCAUGUUUGAUGUGAGCCGGGAACUGGGCUCCAGUGUCGCACUGUACAGCCGCAAAGUCCUCAUCCAGACCAAGGCCGCCGACAUCCUGCCCAAGUGGCUACGCUUCCUCCGAGGUGUGGUGGACAGUGAGGAUAUUCCCCUGAACCUCAGCCGGGAGCUCUUGCAGGAGAGUGCACUCAUCAGGAAACUCCGGGAUGUUUUACAGAAGAGGCUAAUAAAAUUCUUCGUUGACCAGAGUAAAAAAGAUGCUGAGAAAUACGCAAAGUUUUUUGAAGAUUACGGCUUGUUCAUGAGGGAGGGCAUCGUGACCACCGCGGAGCAGGAGGUCAAGGAGGACAUAGCAAAGCUGUUGCGCUACGAGUCCUCGGCACUGCCUGCCGGGCAGCUGACCAGUCUCAUGGACUAUGCUAGCCGCAUGCGGGCUGGCACCCGCAACAUCUACUACCUGUGUGCCCCUAACCGGCACCUGGCUGAGCACUCACCCUACUUUGAGGCCAUGAAGCAGAAGGACGUGGAAGUCCUCUUUUGCUAUGAGCAGUUUGAUGAGCUGACCUUGCUUCAUCUCCGUGAGUUUGACAAGAAGAAACUGAUCUCUGUGGAGACAGACAUUGUCGUGGACCACUAUAAGGAGGAAAAGUUUGAGGAUGGGUCCCAAGCUGGUGAGUACCUGUCAGAGAAGGAGACAGAGGAGCUGAUGGCCUGGAUGAGAAAUGUGCUGGGGUCACGUGUCACAAAUGUGAAGGUGACUUUGCGACUAGACACCCACCCUGCCAUGGUCACGGUGCUGGAGAUGGGAGCAGCCCGACACUUCCUGCGUAUGCAGCAGCUGGCCAGGACCCAGGAGGAGCGAGCUCAGCUCCUACAGCCCACUCUGGAGAUCAACCCCAGGCACACUCUGAUCAAGAAGCUCAGCCAACUAAGGGAGAGCGAGCCUGACCUGGCCCAGCUGCUUGUGGAUCAGAUAUAUGAGAACGCCAUGAUAACAGCUGGGCUUGUGGAUGACCCCAGACCAAUGGUAGGCCGCCUGAAUGACCUUCUCGUCAAGGCCCUAGAGAAACGCUGAUGGCCAAGGGGGUUAAUCCUGGCUAUGGCAGAGCUGUGGGCCUUAGCCUGGGAAGUGUCUUCCAGGCAGGAGGAAGGACAGAUACCACAGAUGAGAACCUUGAUCUUUAUUUACCUUAAUUAAAAGGUAUUUCUUAAUGUG